AUGGAUCAGAAGCGGGAUGUAAUUAUUGUGGUGGCCGUGGCCAUGCUAUGCUCUUUAUCGCUGGCCUUUGCAGCUGAAACGAUGGCUAGCUACACACAUUCACCUUAUGUUCGUACACUGAUUGCCGGAUUUGGAAAUUCAAUGUGGAAUAGUGAGCUUUGUGGGCAGCAGCUGAAAGUAACUUGUAUUGAUGAUCAAAAUCCUCAACAGUACUGUAAGAGCUCCUCAGUGAUAGUCACUCUUGUGGAUCAUUGCGACGAAUGCCCUGACUCCAUCACUCUCUCAGAAGAAGCUUUUGAUGUUAUAGCCAAAAAAGAGGCUGGAAACGUUAAAGUGAAAUAUGAGCAGUAA